AUGGACGUAGCUUGGCGAUUCGCCGUUCCAGAAAUUGCUAUCAAUCCUCUGGCAACCAAAGAAUUCCCUUCGCCUCAAUCGGAUGCGUUUGAUGGGGAUGCAACCCGGCCCGGAAGGAAGAAGGAAAAAGAUGAAGAUAGCAAGUCCUCUGUCUUCGACUUCUCUCAAGUGUUGGAACCGAAUCAACUCGUGGACACGAUGCUCAAUCUCACGCUGAUCAUCUUCGAUCAGAUCGAGAAUCACACCCCGCUCAAGUCCUUCGAACUGCCCAUCGUGGAAAGGUACGUCACCAUUCCUUACAUGGGUCUCAAUCUCCCGCUCGGGACAGCCAUCAGAAUGACCGAAGGCUCCGUCUACGGGUUGCAAACUGUGGCUCGCCGAGGGGAAGCAAAGUUAAAGAAAGACGGGAAAACAUUGAUCUUCGCGGCUCCCCUCGUUCUUAAAUUCACCCAAUACAACUACACUUUGGAUCUGCAAACACUGUUCCUGAACUUCCGGGAAAAAGUGACAGCAAAUGUGUACGAUGUCCUCGUGGAUGUGGAGGCACGGAUUACUUUCGAGCCCCCCGAUUCGAGGAAAGUUACAGUCACCAAGUUCAAGAUCGUCGAUAUCGGGAAUGUGAAACUUCGACUGCAAGGAAACGACAGAUCCAGCGUCAACAGAAUAUUGGACACGGCGGUGAGGUACGCUCGAGUUCUCUUCUCGAGGAUCAUAUACGAGACCCUGGAGCCGCUGGGGAAGGAAGCCAUCGAGCGAGGGGCUGCGAAGGGGUUUCGGAUCCUCAAUGAACUCACCCGUUGAUGCCCGACUCUCAGGAUCGCCUCUAAAUCUGUGAUUUUCCUGGCCAUUUUAUGAGAACGUUCUAGGUCGGCUAGAAUGAAUGCUAAUGACACGAUCACUCCAGCUUUAUUCAAGAAUGCUCGUUUUCAAGGAGCAUAAGUGAAGACGUAGAGCUUUCCGAUGCUGUAUCCAGCUGCUAUGAGUUCAGUGUAUCCGUCCCCGUCAAGGUCCGCGAUGGCGAUUUUUCCUGUGAACAGAUGCGAG